UACUUUUUAGGGAGAUAUAUUAGACGUCGAUUACAAAAAGUAUAAAGUCUUGUGUUUUUCUUCGUGUGAUUUUUCACAUAAAAAUGUACCCAUUUGGGGGUUCUUGUGUUUGAAAUAAGUAUUCCAUAGUAAAAGCUAUCACUGCGUUGUUAAUUUGGGUAAGAGUUUGAAAAGAUGGGCCGCACACAUUGAUUUUUCCCUAGUAUUACGUUAAUUUGUAAGACUUUUGAAAUGUUUGUUAUUGCUUUAUUUUCUAGACGGAAUUAGUACGGUAGAAUAGAAGUUGCUAGACGGAAGACAUUAAGGGUGCACCAAAUAUGUGAAAAAUGUGACUGUGACAGCAGGUAUAGGUAUAUUUUUGAUGCCGUUUUCCAUUUGACGUGCAGUAGGUACUUGACUGGUAUUGUUUAUAUUUAUUUUGAGAUGUGUGAAAGUGUUAAAGGAAUAGGCAGUAUUUAAUGGGAAACGGAAAGGAGCUGCUUUUACGCAUUACGUUGUUAUCUUUUUUGUUUUUAAGUUUGUAGUUUUAGUUUACCACGCUGGCUAAAAUUCAUAUUGUUGAAUAGAUGCAUCUGUUGUCAUUUCUUUCUGUACCGGUUGUCAUGAACACGUGUUGCUGGAUAAUUCAUAUCUAAUAGUGGAAUAGCAUGCUCGUUUUAGUGAAAGCGUUUAACACACUUUUAUUGGAUGUCAUAUAAAUGACUGAUAGCUACUGCUCACUUUCAAGACAUGACACUUCUUUGGCAAGAAUUGAUUUGUCAGGUUUAGUGCCAUCUUGAUAUCCAAAUAGCAGUGCUCAUAAAGAUAUUCUUAACACUUCCAGAGAAGAGGAGAAAGUUUGCGCAGCUAAACCUAUUCAAGUUGUGAGAAUGCCUUUAGUAGCCUGUCUUUUUUUAUGAAGAAAAGGAAUAGACAACAGUUAAAAUGACUCCAAUCAUGGAGAAGAACAAAGCUUUGAAGCGUUUGUAUAUUGGUGGUCUGAGUCAUACAAUAUCGCAGGCGGAACUACAAGAAAGAUUUAGCAAAUUUGGUGACGUCACUGAUGUUGAAAUAAUCACUAGGAAGGAUGAACAAGGUCUUCCUGUGAAGACGUUUGGCUAUCUCAACAUUAACAUUUCUGAGCCUGACUUCCAUAAGUGUGUAUCUAUAUUAAAUAAAACGAGAUGGAAAGGAGGAACAUUGCAAGUCGAGCAGGCCAAAGAGAGCUUCUUGCACAGAUUGGCCAUGGAACGGCAAGAAGCAAAAGAAAAAGCAGCAUCAUCUUCUGUCAAGGACAGCAAAAAUAAUGCUAUUGAAUCACUAAAAAAAGUAGGCAUUGUUGAUUUUUAUAUGAAAGCAGCGGUUCCAGGGACAGAAGUGCCUGAUCACAAGAACUGGGUUGUUAGCAAAUAUGGCAGAGUGCUUCCUGUUCUUCAUCUUCGAGAGCAACGAAAGAGGAAAAUUACGAAGUAUGACCCAUCUAAGUAUUGCCACAACAUCAAAAAGUUUGAGCAGACAACAGGACAGGACAUUACGAUUCCCAUAUCCCAGCUUACAUGGCAUCUGGAAGGUGGAGAUGAUGACAUUAGCAAGAAGCGCCGUGGAGAGUUUCCAAGUAUUAAAACACAGUCUAAUAAGAAAAUGAAAAGCCUGAAUACUGUAGAAGGUGAAAGUACUGCAGCAGAAAGUACACUACAAUAUCCUACAGGAAAGAAGGAACUCCCUAUGCAGAAACACUUGAAGCAAAUGACAGCUUGCAAAAGAAAGGACUCUCCAGAGCUGGGUCUUGUAAAUAAACAGCUGAACAAAAAUGAAGGUAAAGAAGCAGAAGAAAAAAUGUGUAGCUCUGUUAAGAGAGCAUUAAAAUGUAUUGAGAGUGAUGUUGAUUCAGAAGAAGAGCUUAGGUUGCUGAUAGAACAAGAAAGAAAAGUUAAACACAGGUCAGCCAAUGUGCCUGAAGGUGUUGAUCAUUUAGAGGUUGUGGGAGAUAACUUCCAUCUUAAGUAUGACACUCACUGGGCAUCUAAAACUUCUAAGAAGGUAAAUACAUCAGCCGCUGAAGAUAAUCAUGACGAUGAUGAAAGUGAAUAUGACUCAGCAGAUACUGAUGAAAUUAUUUCUCUAUGCAAACCAAAAGCGAACCAAAGUAGUAAGACUAAGACAACCAUUAAUCCUGAAUUUAGGGUAAAGAAAAAUGAGAAGUUUCUUCCAAGUCAUGAAACAAAAAGUAAGGUCUCAGAAGACACAAACAGUUUCACCCAAAACUUGAAGCUGGAAGAAAAUUAUUCGAGUUCUAAGCCUACUACACAAACCAAAGAUGAUAAAGGUUUAGAAAUAAAAUGUAAUCGUAAAUCAGAAUCUAGCACUAGUGGCAGCAGUUCUUCUGAUUCUGAAGACAGUAGCUAUGACACUAUGAUGAAAAAUUGUGUCCGUAUCGAUUUGAGCUUGGAUGACUUGAAACAGCUGGCAAGUAAAUCAUCGAGCUCUUCUGAUGAAGAAAGCAAAGAAAAUGGUAGCCAUUAUGAUUCUGCAGAAGGUUGUGAGAACUCAGAGUCCGUUGAGAGUUCUCUUCAAAGCAAACCCUUGCCAAGAAAGAGAAUUACACCAGAUGAAGUAGUGUCUGCCAUUCUAGAAGAGGAAAGUAGCGAGGAGGAGAGGAAACCUCGAAAGAAGGCAAAAUUUCAAAGUUUGCCAGCUUUUAGAGGAAUGAAAGCAUUUUUGGGAAUUGGAGAUCCAGACCUGCAGGUACCUGUGGAGAAUGGACCAUCUGCAUUAGUGAGGACAAAAGCUAACUCUGAGCAGGUUCCUUUAAAUACACUUGCUCUGAAGAAACAAAAGACUGUGGGCAAUGAAGAGACUGUGACGGAAUCUGAUUCUGGCUCUGAAGAGAACAGCAGUCCUGUUUCCAAGCCACCUCCAUUUAAAGGAAUGUCAUUCCUUCAGAAACCACCAGACUUUAAAGAAAAUCCAGAGUCUAGAACACCUCCUGGAAUGCAGAGCAUGAAAACAUCAUCUCAGUCAAACAGUUUGGAAGAUAAGAGUUCAACGCUUACAUGCAAACUGCCCACACAUUUCACUUCUAAAUCACAAACAUCUUCCUUUGAGACCAUAACAGAAGGAAAGGUGCUGCAGCCUGUAAAUAGCCACAGUGGCCCUAAUGAUUAUAGCUGUAAUACUGUUUUAAAUGUUAUGAGUAAAAAAGUGAGUCUGGAAACUGCCAGUACUGGGCAUAUUAGUGACUCUGAAGCUGGAGAUAAUGGAGGAGGUGUUAACUGUGAAAGUUCUGUAAAGGCUAAGAAGGAACCUGAAACUUUUCAUCAUUGUGGUCUUUCAAAAAAUAUGGAUAGACAGUUGCUAGAUAAUCAGAAAAGACUGGCUGCUCUUCAGCAAAAACAGAAGGAAGCAGAGAUGCAAAAAAGGCUUAUUCAAGAAGCUUUGUCAAAAGUGGAUGAUCAUUCAGCUAACAAACGGCAGCACAUUGUAUUUGAUUCAGACAAUGAAGAGAAUAUAAUUGAGCAGAAGCAGUUAUCCAAAAAAUUAAUUUCUUCUGGAGUAAAGAAACCCCUCAUCUGUCAAAGUGAUGAGGAAUCGGAAUCCUCUGGAGAGAUGGAAGAAAAGGGAAAAUCGAAAGAGAGCAUAGCAAAAACGAAAAUUGGUUUCGGAGCAAAAGUGCCUGGGAAGCUUUUUCAGAGCAGCAGUGAUGAAAUAAGUGAUGAUGAAGGCCUAGAUCAUUUCAAGAUUAGACCCCAGUUUGAAGGCACUGCUGGACAGAAGCUUAUGAAGCUACAGUCUCGAUUUGGUGCAGAUGAACGAUUCAGAAUGGAUGCUCGCUUCUUGGACAGUGAUGGUGAAGAAAAUACUGAAGAGGAUACCACAAAUAAAAUAAAGGAUGAUGAUGACCUUGCUGCAGAGAAAAAGAAAAAUCUAGAGAUUUUACAGCGCUUUCUCCAUGUUAGUGUUGAAAUGCCCGAGUCAAAGAAAGAAGCAACAAAAAAGCAGUUCAGAGAUGUUGGUGCUCUUCACUAUGACCCGACAAGAGAAGAUCAUGCUGUGUUCGAAACAAAAGUUGAAGAACCUAAGAAACAAAGCAAAGCUGAAAGAAAGAAAAAGAGGCAAGAAGCAGAAAAGUUGCCUGAAGUGUCUAAGGAGAUGUAUUAUGAUAUUGCUGUUGAUCUUAAGAAGAUGUUGACUUCAACCAAAAUUAAGGAUGAGAAAAAGGAAAAUAAAAUUGCAUGGGAUAAACAAGAAGAAGAAGAAAACAAAGAAAACAGAAGUUUAGGCAUGGACCCUGGAACUGAACAGAACUCUGAACUGACAUUUGAAGCAUUUUCUGUUACAGAUAAUGAGGAGCCUUCUGGGUUUAAAUUUUCAUUCUUUGGCAUAGGCACAGAGGAGCCGAAGGAGUCUGCAGAAUGUGUGUAUAAAAAUGAAGGAUUACGAGCAGCUAAAGUACCUUGGCAAGAAGAUCCCCGUUUCCAAGACAGCAGCUCUGAGGAGGAGGAGGAGGAUGAAGGUUCUGAAGACCUAAAAACAGAGCUUUCAUCAAAAUCUGAAAACUCUCGUUUGGCAAAUAAGAUGAAUUUGUUUUUCUUCUUCAAAGAUGAUGAAAGAUUAAGAGAGGGUCCUAAAAUAUUCUGUCGACCAUCAGUCCUGGAGGAGCAAAGAGAUAGCUGGGAAGAGAAACGAUCUUCAUUAAUUGAGGAAUACAGGAAGAAGCACAAAGAUGCAAAACGAAAAGUUAAAUCAAGACUGUAAAACAAUGGAAUAUUACUGGCAGCACCCUGAUUACCAUUUCAGCACGAAGGAAGGGGCUCAGUGAAUUAAAUUUUGUCAAAUGCACACUUGUAAUUGGAAGUCAUGCUUUUCUAUGUAUCUAAUGAAAAUAAUCUGUUGCUUCAUAUUGUAAGCUACAGGAUAAUGAAAUGUUUGACAAAUAUUUCUAAAUUACAAACUCAUUUUAUACUGAAAGCAACAAUUAAUGUAUUUUAAUGGUAAAAAUACAUAAAUAAAUCUAUUUUUUGUGAAUUAUA